AUUUUCUUAGGUGCAGUUCAAGUGUGAAUGUGAUCACAUCGCACCUUCCCUCGUCGUGCCUUUGAAUUCAACUGAUUCUCAGAACACUCUCUGAGCACGACGCGUUUAACACUAAAAAUUGUACCCACGAAACCAUACAGCCAAUAAUCUGUCAACGAUCUUCUUGUCUCUCAAACAAGCCAAUCUUGAUUUGCUUUAAAACCAAACUAAAUCUUCUUCACUACUAUUCACCAUACCUCAGAGUCAAUGCCACCGACUGGUUCUUUGUUUUGCUUGGAUCUGUCUCUGGGCUCUUGAGCUAUCUAAUCUCUAGAAUAUGAAUCAAGACAGUCUGAGAUCAGUUGUCUAUAGACCAUUUGUCACUUGUGAUGGUCCAAAAGGAGUAGUUGAGUGUGGGAUAUUCAGAAAAUCCAAAAGUAGUGCCCAGAAGAGGGAGCAUAAGAUCAAUAGCCAAGAAGCAAAGAAGGAGGAGAUGCUGAAUAAUGAGACAUCAGAAGGAUUUCAUAAUCCAUCUUCUUUACAGUUAUUGGAGGUCUCAAGAGGAGCUCAGAAGUUAAACCAGAUGAUUGAUUCAUGGUCUAAGGGGGGAAAUAAUGAUAGGCAAUCUAAAGAGGUUGCCAAAGAUUUGUUGAAAGGAGCACUUGACUUGCAAGACUCCCUAAAGAUGCUUGGAAAAUUGCAAGAAGCUUCAAAGCAUAUGACUUGGUUGAAGCCUAAAGGAGAAAGGAAGGAAGAAGCAGGAGGGAUUGAGCGGUCGAGGUCAUAUCAGUUUGGAGAUCGAAAUUAUCAAACCGGGUUUCAGAAGCCACGGCAUUCAGUUGAUGGAUCUUCAAGGGAUUGCUACGAGGAACUAAGGGAAGCAAUCAGAGAGGGCCUUAGUAGGCAAAAUCUAUUGGCCAACAGUGAAGAAAAUAAGGGAUUUGUUCGAAGAAACUCAGACUCAGCUUCAGAAAUGCCCUCCACAAGCUCAAGUCAGUCUUCUAUAACUCAUACAAACAAUUAUAGUUUCACAGACUCCCCCUUUUCAUCAAAAGCUCCAGAAAAGAAGACAAAUGGCCCAAAUUUGAUUGCCAAGCUCAUGGGGCUAGAAGAGAUUCCCUCAAAUCCAUUGAAGACAACUCUCCAGAAACAGUUGAAGAAUGAGAAGAUUUCAAGUCAUCAGAGACCUAUAUUUGAAAUUGAUAUCCCAAUGGUAAGGAGGCCUCCAUCAGGUGAUCUGAGAAAAGCUCCAGAGCGAAAGACACUGAAGGAGAUUCUUGAAACCCAGCAUUUUACAGGACUUCUGGAAAAAGACUCUAUCAAAGAGCCUCAGUCAUACCGCCAUCAUACCAGUGAUUCCCAUUCCAACCAGAGGUUCACCGACUACACUCCGCCAAUUGUGCUUAUUAGACCUCUCCGUAGUCCAUUCCUGGAACCAAAAGAGCCUUUUGCACCAAUGUUUCGGGAACACGGAGUUCAAGACUCAAAAAUGAUGCCGAGAAAACUGAAAGUAAGAGAGGAGCUUCCUUCCAAGACGAUUGAAAGGAAGGAGGGGCCUUUGAAGCCUGGCAAAACAAGCGAAGAGAGUCAAAAGACAAAUGAAAAGGAGAACCCAGUCAAGAUGCUUAUCAAGGAAGAAGCAGCUAAGGGAAAAAAGAAGGUUGCUGAGAAACCUGAAGAAAAAGAAGCAAAGAUUAAGCAAAAGGCUCCUACCAAGGCGAAUUCUGCUGAUCUUGUAGCUCAGCAGCCUAAGAAAAAGGAGGCAAUAAAUAAGGAAGUUGAUAAGAAUAAUAGUGCUGUGGUAAGUGGCAGGAAAAUAGUAGAGAAGGAAAUUGUGAAACCUAAAAAUGUGCCAAUAUCUAAAGAUCAAUCCAAGGCGACAGCCAUGAAGGUCAAAAUGCCCAAAAAUGGAUCAAAUGUUUGUAACAAUCAAACUCCCCAGCAGCGAACAAGUACAAAAAAGGACAUCCCAACUCGCACAAAACAAGCUGUAAUCCAUACUUCCAAUGAUCGGAAAAGAAGUCUAAUUAAGAAGGGAAAGCCAGUCAGUGAGCCUACAGCAGCUAAAACAACAAAAGGAAGUGAAGGAAGCAAAGAAGAUGAUAACAGGAUUGAUUUUACAAGCGAAAAAGACCCCAUUUUAAUUGGAAGCAAUAAUACAAGUGUAGAUCAAUUCCCAGCAGAGGAGGUAGGGAUGCCUAUGUGCAUCAGAUUGAAGUCAAAAAAUUGCAACAGCAGUCAGGGUUCUCUUUCUUUUACUGAUGAUAUCCCGAUGGCCUUGGAAUAUCAGGUUCUAGGAGAACCUAAAUCUACUGAAGAAGUUAAUGAUGACAGCAGCUGUGACGCAACGGAGAGUAAGAGCUUCAAGACUGGAGCCAAUCUGGAAUUAUUGCUUUCAAGCAGUCCAGCAUUAGUGAGUCAUGCACAAGAGCUUUUUGAUCUUAAUCUUAGUAGGCCUACAACUUUACUAACAUCGGCGAUCACUGAUUUUUUUGUUACUAAUGAGAGACUCUCCAUGGAUUGUGCAAAAGAACUUAUUGAACGUAGAAGCCUUUCAGAUGUAAAAAUGGUCCAUCCACUCUUACUAAAGUGGUUGAAGAAUUCAAGAAUCUGUAUCUGUUUAAGCCAGUUGUUGCAGGAGGUUUAUGAUGGGAUUGAGACUCUAAAAAGCUACAGGAAACUUGCUGGAGAGGACCUUCUUACUGAUAGUAUACAUGCAAUCCUGGAGAACGACUUAAAGUGCAGAGUAGAGAGUGGUAUAUGGGAUUUUGACUGGAAGAAUGAACUUUCCUCAGAUGACAUAGAGCAAGUUGUGAAUGACAUAGAGAAGCUACUUUUGAGUGGGUUAAUUGGAGAAAUUUUUACAUAAAUUCUACCUUAACAAUUUGUAAAUGUUUGUUUAGAUGUACAGACUGUACAGACAGUCUUACAAUCUUCCGUAAAUAAUUUUCCGGGUUAAGAAAGAAGAAUUGAAAUCGUUCAUUAAUUAGGACCUUGAUGUUAUCA